UAAAUUUGCUGUCGUAUGAAAUGAAUUAAACUUGAUGUGAAGUUCGAGGUGAAUACUCAGCUACAGAGGAACUAGCAUUAAUUCUGCUACGUCACUGAUCAAUUUUAUUUUUGCGAAACUGCACUGAUUUAUUUAUGACUUCCGUAACCAUCACGCCAUCAUCCACUCUUUCUCCUGUUCUCCAGAUCCUCCGGCAGCAGCUGGGAAUAAUUGCCAGUAACAGUAAUGAGGUCUUCAUCCCUGAAGAGUUUACAUUCAUUUAUAUUUGGUGUUUGUUGUGAAGAUUUUAUGCUAAUGAGAUUUUGAUGUAUGUAGAUUGUGCGUCUGCCGGGACUCACUCUCACCGGGAUGGGACUGGGACAAGCACAGGUUCAGGGUUCUCCAUUUCUCUCUCCGUUCCUGAUCCAGUCUCAGCCUGAGCUCCUGCUGCCUCCUCAGGUGUUAAAUCUCGGUCCUCAGGUUCCAGGACCGUUCCUGCCCCCACAGCAGAACCUACCCUCAUUUAUCCUUCCCUCCUAUCAGCAGGAGCAGCCUACAGGACCCAUCAAUCCCAACAACCCCGCCCCUCCCCCCAACAGCCAGGACCCCUUCCAGGUACAGAUGCUUCAUUUAAAGCAGGUUUCAGCUCGAACCCUGACCGUCUUAGAAUCUAGAACCUCUUUCACAUGUCCUUAA